AUGUCCAAAGCACACAUCCUGCUGCUCUGGGCUGCCCUGGCGCUGACCAGCCACGCACAUGGAGCAACACUGAGAAAUGCAGACGUGUGGAAGCCACUGAGCAACCCCAGAAACCGAGAACUGUUUUUCAGAAGCCUCCAGGCCUACUUCAAGGGCAGAGGACUUGAUCUUGGAAGCCUUCCAAAUACCUUCUCCGUGAAUGAGGACCCCAGGCCUCUCUCUUUCCAGUUGGAACACAUCGCGUCUGCAUUUGCAGACUAUGAAGAACAGAGAAGCUCCCUCCCUAACCCCCUCAAAGGCUGAAAGCU